AUGGCAGCCGAACAGCACAAAGGCUGGUUCAAGGACCAGAUUAGACUGGUGACUAUUCUGAUCACCAUCUUCAUCUCUCUGGGGUCCUUCACCUAUGGCUACUGCAGCUCCAUCAUCGCCACCACUCUGGGCCAGCCGGAUUUCUUCAAAUACCUGAACCUCGCCACCGAAGGUCCUGGCUUAUCCCAUACAAAUGCCAUCACCGGUGCCAUGAACGGCCUUUUCCAGGCCGGUGGCUUCAUUGGGGCGCUCUCGAUCGGCCCUCUCUGCGACAAGUUCUCACGACGAGGCGGCAUUGGAAUUGCCGCUGCUACCUGUUUGGUUGGCGGCGCUCUGCAGUGCGGAUCCGUCGAUGUCGGCAUGUUCUUGUUCGCGAGAGCACUGACAGGCAUCGGAACUGGCAUGAUCGUGUGUGGAGUGCCGCUCUACCAAAGCGAGGUCUCGCCACCUCAUACUCGUGGUGUCAUCGUGGGAGUUCACGGAGCCUUGCUCUGCACCGGUUAUUCGGUGGCUGGCUGGGUCGGCUACGGCUGCUUCAGCUACACCGGGCAGUUCCAGUGGCGUUUCCCCCUUGCUGUACAAUGCUUCGCGCCCAUAAUGGUGCUUCUUGGACUCUUCUUCAUUCCCGAGAGCCCUCGUUGGCUGGUCCUGCACGACAAACACGAUCAGGCCUACAAGGUGAUGGAGUACCUCCACCGUGACCCCAAGGACCCCGAAGGCAUCCUCAUCAAAGAGGAAUUCUAUGCCCUUCUGAAGCAACUGGAACUCGAAAAGCUUCGUGGCGGUGGAGGAUACAGGGAGCUCUUUACCGGCUGGCCGAACCGAAAGCGUCUGCUCUUGGGCUUCUUCACUGUUUUUGGGGGUCAAUGCACCGCCACCAUUGUCAUCAACAAUUACGGUGUUAUUCUAUACACUGCCCUAGGAUACGUGGCCCCGACUACACUUGCCUUCACGGCCGGAUGGGUGACAGUUGGGGUGGGUGGAAACGCGCUGUCCGCGCUGAUCGUUGACCGGGUGGGACGCGUGAGGCUAAUGAUAAUCGGAUUCUCCGGGUGCCUCAUGGCCCUCAUAGUCGAGAUGGCGCUGUUGGCGACCUACAAGGGAACCACCAACAAGGCCGGGCUCGCGGCGGCCGUGUCCUUCCUCUUCAUCCACGUCGGCUUCUACAGCUCGUGCAUCGACGCCGUGACCUACAUCUACUGCACCGAGAUCUUCCCCAACCACCUGCGCGCCCGGGGCUCCUCGAUCUCCGUGUCGGGCCUCUUCUUCGCUACCGUCAUCUACACCUGUGCCGCGCCGACCGCCUUCGCCAACAUCGGGUGGCGCUACUACAUCGUGUUCGCCGUCACGACCGCCAUGAUCGUUGUUUCGGUGUUUCUCUGGUGGCCUGAGACCAAGGGGUUGUCGCUCGAGGAGAUCAACGCCCUCUUUGGCGACGAGGUCGCCGUGGACGUCGGACACAUGACCAAGGAGCAGAGGGAGGCGCUCGACGAAAAGAUCUUCGCGCAGCAGAUCGAGGGCGUCAACGAGCCUGAGCACGAGAAGGCUUGACAAGUCGUUUCUGCCAGCUUGCCAAGGUCCGGAAUGUUAUAUCCCGACCACCAGGAGGAGUUCGUGAUGGAAAUGAGAUCGACAAGAGAG